GUCACUGCUCUGUUUGCAGGAAGUGCUCCGUGUAGCUAGCUGGAGCAUGAGGAGAAGAAGCUGUUUUUUUCCAAAACACCUGGGACAUCUUAUUAGGCGUUUAAUGGAAUAAUAAGGCUGGGACAUGGACAGCCACAGAGGAGGAGGACCGUGGGGCAAACUGGUCAAAGUGGACUCCAGUGAAACUGUCCUGCUUUUCAACAGGGAGUGCACAGUUGGCAGGAAAAAAGGUUGUCAUUUGUCCUUUCCAGCCAAUAAACUUGUCUCAGGGGAGCACUGCAAGAUAGUGAAAGAUGAGAGCUCAGGGCUGGUGUGGCUUAAAGACAUGAGCACUAAUGGCACAGUGAUCAACAUGUCCAAACUGGUCAAGAAGCAAAGUCACGUGCUGCAAAACGGUGAUGUCAUCUACUUUGUGUACAGAAAGAGUGAGCCAGAACAAAACAUAGCGUAUGUUUACCACUCCGUCCAAACGGAGCUAGGUGUUACCAGCCAGCCAACACUUGCCAGCUACGAAACGGAACGGCCAGCUCACUGUUCCUCUCCUGUUUCAGCAUCAGAGAUGUCCCUCUCUGUGGAGCCUGUAAUGCUAGCGAAGGCUCCUCUGGGUCCAGCUCAGGGGGAUGCUCAGCCUUCCACUUCGGGUUCACACUUCUGUAUCGAGAGUCCUUCCUCUUCUGGUCCUUUGGCUGCAGCAGCUUCUGGCCCAGCUACAGACACUGCUCCUACACUGGACAAAGACACAGAUAAUCUGGAGCCACAAAGCAAAAGGAGGAAAACUCACGAUGAUAAAGAAAGUGACCUGGGUCUGCCCCACACCUCCUGUACAGAGGUGUCAGGUUCUGCUCAGAGAGCUCCUGAGAGUCUUCCAUCAAAACCAGCAGUGGAAGGAAGUAAAACGGACAAAAUGGAGGAAACCCUGACCUGCGUUAUUUGCCAGGACCUACUUCAUGACUGCAUCAGCUUGCAGCCUUGCAUGCACGUUUUCUGUGCUGCCUGCUACUCCGGUUGGAUGGAGCGCUCCUGUCUUUGCCCCACCUGUCGCUGCCCCGUGGAGAGAAUUUGUAAAAACCAUAUUCUCAACAACCUAGUGGAAGCCUAUCUCAUCCAGCAUCCAGAGAAGUGUCGCAGCAAGGAGGAUCUGAGGAGCAUGGACAGCCGAAACAAGAUAACUCAGGACAUGUUGCAGCCAAAAGUUGAGCGUUCUUACUCUGAUGAGGAGGGCAGUUCGGAUUACCUCUUCGAGCUCUCUGACAACGACAGUGACUCCUCAGAUAUCAGCCAGCCUCUUAUAAUGUGCAGGCAGUGUCCUGGCUACAUGAGGGACGUGAACCAAAUGCUGUUUGGCGCAAGUUCAAACUACUGGUUCUCUAGUUUUCCAACUCUACAGUCUGCACCUCCACCACCCAAACCACCAAGCGAGGAGGGAGCAGUCAAGCCAGCAGGAGAACAACCCUCCACAUCCUCAGAUCAUUCCCCAGCUGAGUCAGCACCUCAGGAGUACCACUGUCCCCCUCAGGGCUUCCAUCUCAUCUGCACCUGCUGCCUCCAGCCAAUGCCAGACAGACUGGCUGAGCAGCACAACCAGCAGGUCAUUGCUCAGCAGUGUACGCUGUGCCAGCGACCUUUCUGUCAUAUGUACUGGGGUUGCCAGAGGAUUGGCUGCCACGGUUGUCUGGCUCGAUUUAGUGAGCUCAAUCUGACUGACAAGUGUCUGGAUGGGGUGCUGAACAACAAUAAUUAUGAAUCGGACAUCCUAAAAACCUACCUGUCCUCCAGAGGGAAGUCAUGGAAAGAUCUGCUCCAGGAGUCUCUGCUAAGUUUACAGCAGGGAAACUACUUCCUGACAGAUUGUCGUAUCUCUGCAAACACCGUUCUGUGUUUCUGCUGCGGUCUGCGAGCCUUCAAGGAGCUGGCCUACAUGUACCGGCAGAACAUCCCUCCAUCUGAGCUGCCAGCCGCAGUAACAUCUCGCCCUGACUGUUACUGGGGGCGCAACUGCCGCACACAGGUGAAGGCACAUCAUGCAACGUUUGGGCCAAAGGAAAAUACAUAAAGAACCACAAAGGAUGAGGCAGAACGCUGGCACAAGCAGCAGAACUCAACACUGACAGUGAUACUGAAAAGCAAAGUGCAACAGCUGGAGUGA